AUGACCACUGUGGCAGGAAGAACUACUGGAGAACCAGGAAGUGAAUUUACAACACAUGAAGCUACAACUGGAGGACCUUCUGCAAUUUCCACAGGAGCCAGGGGUGAAAGCACAGUUUUCACAUCAGGUUCCACGGGAGCCAUAUCUGGCUCAACAAUUGCACCAGGAAGUAGCACCACAGUGCCACCGAAACAGCCUGAAGUAGCAGGUACCACUAGGGCCACGACUGGCACAACUUCUACCCCUACAAGUUCCAACACAGAGGCCACAGCUUCCCUGGGAGGAAGUGAAAUCCCUGCAGGAACUUCUGGUGGUGUCUCAGGCAAAACUCUCCAACCCGGAAGUUAUACCACAGAGGCCACAACUUUCAUAGGAGGAAGCGGAACAACAAGGGGUGGAAUAGCCUCAGAGGCCACAAGUUCCACAGGAGACAACAGGACCACCCCAUCAGAAGCUCCAGGAGGUACUCCUGGUGAAUUCUCCACAACAACCAUUAUAUCUGGACAUUCCAACACAGGGGCCACAGGUUCCACAGAAGGCAGGGGCAGUACUGGAAGUGAAUCCAGAACAGUACAACAGCCACCAGUGGGGCAGCUCCUGGCACAACUGCUGCCCCUGGCAGUUAUAAUACAGGUGAGUCUGCAGGUUGGCAGGAAACCUUUUAAGGGUCCUUGA